CCGGCUUAUAAGUCAUGAAAUGUGCCUUUCAAUUUUUUGCUUCACAGCAAGGGAAAGCCAUCCUUCUCUUUGCGGUCAAUUUCCUUGAAAUAUAUGACUCUUCCUCAGAUAAAGUCCGUCAUUCAAUCACCCAUUAAAACCCUUUAAAACCCACUUCUUUGUUCUUAUUCUUGUACUUGAUUUUUGAAUUCCUUGAACUUCCAAGCACCCAAAAAAAAAAAAAAAAAAACCCAAAACCAAAAAUGGUGAGCUAUGAAGAACAAGUUGCAUGUGAUGAGCUCUCUCUUUCUCACCCAGACCCUCUUGUGUUAGAGCUCAAUCGCCUCCAGAACCUACUCAAAGAGAAGGAUAGGGAGUUGGGGGCUGCACAAGGUGAAAUCAAGGCAUUGAGAGCCACUGAAGCUUUGAAGGAUAAGGCUGUAGAAGAGCUCAAAAAUGAAGUUGAUAAAAUGGAAGAGAAACUCCGAGUCACUGAAAAUUUUCUUGACCAUAAGAAUCUUGAAGUCAAGAAACUAACAAGUGAGAAGAAAGAUGCAUUGGCAGCACAGUAUGCUGCUGAAGCAACACUAAGAAGGGUGUAUGCAAACCAAAAAGAGGAUGAUUCUCUUCCUAUAGAAUCAGUCAUUGCUCCUCUUGAGGCUGAAAUCAAGAUGUACAAGAAUGAGAUUGCAGCAAUGCAGGAGGAUAAAAAGGCUCUGGAACGUCUCACUAAGUCAAAAGAAUCUGCCCUGCUUGAAGCAGAGAGAAUUUUGAGAAGUGCUCUAGAAAGGGCUUUAAUAGUAGAGGAGGUUCAAAAUCAAAACUAUGAAUUGAAGAGACAGAUAGAGAUUUGCCAGGAGGAGAACAGAAUUCUUGAGAAAACCAAUCGCCAAAAGGUUUUAGAGGUUGAAAAGCUGAGCCAAACCAUUCAAGAACUUGAGGAGGCUAUUCUAGCAGGUGGGGCUGCUGCUAAUUCUAUACGUGACUACCGGCGGCAGAUAGAAGAAUUGCAUGAGGAAAAGAGGACACUGGAAAGGGAGCUAGCAAGAGUCAAAGUUUCAGCAAACAGAGUUGCAACUGUGGUGGCUAAUGAGUGGAAAGAUGAAAAUGACAAAGUAAUGCCUGUCAAGCAAUGGUUGGAAGAGAGAAGAAUUCUGCAGGCAGAGAUGCAGCGACUGAGAGACAAACUAGCCAUAUCAGAGAGAACAGCUAAGGCAGAAGCACAACUUAAGGAUAAAUUAAAGCUGAGACUUAAAAUAAUUGAAGAAGGUUUGAAGGAUUCCUCGAGUUUCUCAGUCAACCCUAACAGAUUCUGUAAGUCCCCAAAAACAGAAAAGUCCAGCAACAUAUUUGGCUUUUUGACAAGCAAUGGUGGACUAAGAAAGAGGUCUACAUCCCAGCCAAGGGCUUCUACUGUCAGUAUAAGCUCUCCAUUGCAAAACCCCAUUGUAGAAAAUGAAACAGCCAAUGUUACUCUAGAGCUCAAACAAGCAAAUAACUUGAAAAAGAAAUAUGCUUCAGGUGAAAAUAUGCUGAAAAAAAGUAUAUGGGCAUCUAGAAGUAAAGUUGUUGAUAGCAAUGAAAAUGAGAACACAGAUAAUGAUGAAACAACAGCCUCACCAGAAAGAAAAUCCAAAAGUGGAGGCGAUGAAGAUCCACAAAACAAAGGAAGUAAUGAAGAUGUGGUCUCAGGAUUGCUGUAUGAUAGACUUCAAAAGGAAGUCAUCAACUUAAGGAAGCUUUGUGAUGUGAAGGAAAGUACUUUGAAUACUAAAGAUGAAGAAAUAAAGGUGCUCAUAAAGAAGGUUGAUGCAUUGACAAAAGCCAUCGAAGUAGAGUCCAAGAAAAUGAAGAGAGAAGCAGCAGCUAGAGAAAAGGAAGCUGCAUUAAUGAAGGUGGAUGAUAAUAGAAAGAAUAGACAUGCAAACUCAUCUACAAGGGUAACAAAAGCAUUGUGAAUAUUCCCUACAUUGGAGAAAGUUGAAAUUAUCAGGAAAUCUGAAAUCAUUUGACUCAUCAGCCACUUUGUGUGAUUUCAAAUGUAGAUACACAAACGAAGUUUAACCAAGAUAGUUAGAAGAAAUAAAGGUCUGAUUGGAAUGGGGGGAAUUGACUUUGUGAUGUGUUAGAUUUGUUUUGUCUACUGUUUGAUAUUGUGUAAAUUGUAUCCAAUAUGGUUUUGCGUCCAUACUUGUGAAUAGUAAGAAGGAAAUGAACUUUCAACUGCCUUUUUUU